AUUGUAUUUAAAGUUUAUUUCACUGUAAACAGGAAGGACUCCGUUUUUUCAUAAAGUUUUGCUUAAUAACUGGAAUAGUUAGUUUGUUUGAAAACAUUUCUUGUACUAUUCGACUUUCAGGGUUUGUUCUUAUUAUGAUGAUCUGAACGAGCGAUGCAUUCCCAUGAAAUCAGGAAUAAAACCGCUUAAUCCAUACUUUUAUUCGAACUUUUGAAAACAAAAUAUACUAAUUUUAUUAAAUUAUGGAUCGAUAAAACCGUUUAUGUUGGUUUAUAAUGUCAUUUGACGAUGCCAAACUAAAUGUUUCAGUCAUUUUUGUGCAAGUUUUUAACCGUAGUCUGCAGCAUUUCAAGGGAAAAAAGUCUAUUUUUUGGGCGAUUAUUUUAUUUUCCUAACAUUAGAAAGUUCACCAUUCAUAUCGUCAGAAAACUGAAUUGCACCUGUCACGUUAUUUCGUAUACAAGGUGAUCGUCAGCAAAAAUUUACAUUUAUUCAUUGAUUUGAAGAACGAUUGGUUCACGAAUGAAAAAAUCUAUAGUUCAGCAGCCUGUUGGUCUGGUACACACUACGUACUAUGGCCCUCAACCUGUCUCUUCAUCAUGUGAUAUUUGCAUGAAUAAGAUUACUACAACAGUUCAAUACCGUAAAGGAGUAUGUACUUGGAUGGCUUGUACUGGAAUAACAUUAAUUGGCGGUAUAUUCGGAUGCUGUUUAAUACCAUUUUAUGUGAAUUCAUGCAAAGAUGCUUAUCACAGUUGUCCAGAAUGUGGAACAUUACUUGGAGUUUAUAAACGUAUCUAAAAUUUAUCAUCGAUUGCUACUUCUUUUUUUUCACAAAACGUUGUUUUCUUUCUUCUCCAUUUGUUUCAAUCUACUGAGCUUUUUGUAUGAAAUAUAAGUGAAAAUAAAACCAUAUUAAGUUAUCCUGAAUUAUUUUAAUGAAUGUUCAUCUUAAUUUCUCAACUUUUAUAAUUUUCGUAUUAUUCACAUUAUUCAGUAUUGUCUGUAUUCCUGAAAUAAUAUAUAGUUUCAGUUUUAACUUCCAUAUAUACAAUAUACUCCGUAAUGACACAAAAAUGUACACAAGUAAGAGAAACAAUUUCUAUCCUAUUUUAUUUAACCUACUACAACAAUGUACUCUGUUUUGAUAUUAUCAAUUUAAACCGCUUCAUCUAACAAGUGUUGUGAUAACACUUUUCAUUUUUUUAUUUAUUAUCACUUCCUUCAGCUGUUGUUUUAUGACUUUUAGCUAACUAUUGCCAUAAUAUGUGUUACCUAUCAUUACAUCUAUCACUUUGAAUAUAUAUUUUUAAAGAAAAAGCUAUUGCAUAGAAUACUAUAUAUAUAUGCAAGUUGGAUUUCUUUUCAAAAGGCAAAACAUAUUGUCCUUCUACAUAUGUACAUCAGCCGACACACUACCAUUGUUUAUCUUAUUAUUAAAACACAAUUAUAUGAACGAAGAAUAUUCUUUUCAAUAAUUUCUCAUCAAGUCAAAAUAAAUUUACAUAUUUGUUAAAUGUUUAUUUUGACAGAGUACCUUUUCCGUGAAACACAUAUUGCUGGAUAUUGUAUUACCUUUUUUUGGUUUUGUUGAGUCUCUUAAUGUACAUAAAAAAACAACAUGUUUCAUUACUCAGAAAUAAGUAAUAAGUAAUAUUUAUUUGAAAACUUUUACGAUUGUCUUUAUUUGUAUCUUAUGAAUGUGAAUGAAUAAAAUACUUCAAAUAAAGUUUUUUUUCACUUC